CCGGUGCAUCUUCAUCUCCCUGACAAAAGGCGCGCCGAGGUAAACCAGAUGGCCUGGUGGAAAGCCUGGACUGAACAGAAGGGUGUCUCGGUGAAGAGCAGUCCCCACUUCAACCCAGACCCCGACGCAGAGACCCUCUACAAAGCUAUGAAGGGGAUCGGGACCAACGAGCAGGCCAUCAUCGAUGUGCUCAUACAGAGAAGCAACGCACAGAGGCAGCAGAUCGCCAAGUCCUUCAUGGUUCAGUUUGGCAAGGACCUCAUCGAGACGCUGAAGUCGGAACUGAGCGCCAAGUUCGAGAGGCUCAUCAUAGCCCUCAUGUACACUCCAUACAGAUACGAAGCCAAGGAGCUGUACGACGCCAUGAAGGGCUUAGGAACCAGAGAAGGCGUCAUCAUCGAAAUCCUGGCUUCUCGGACCAAGAAAGAGCUGCAGGAGAUAAUGAAGGCAUAUGAGGAGGACUAUUGGUCCAGCCUGGAGGAAGACAUCCAAGCAGACACCAGCGGCUACCUGGAGAGGAUCCUGGUGUGCCUCCUGCAGGGCAGCAGAGAUGACUUGUGUGGCUUCGUGGACCCAGGACUGGCCCUGCAAGAUGCACAGGACCUCUACGCGGCGGGGGAGAAGAUCUGUGGGGCUGAUGAGAUGGAAUUCAUCAGCAUCCUGUGCAGGCGCGGUGCCACCCACCUGAAGAGAGUGUUUGAGGACUAUGAGAAAAUCGCCAGCAAGAGCAUUGAGGACAGCAUCCAGAGUGAGACCCACGGCUCACUGGAGGAGGCCAUGCUCACAGUGGUGAAAUGCACCCGGAACCUCCACAGCUGCUUUGCAGAGCGCAUCUACUAUGCCAUGAAGGGAGCUGGAACUCACGAUGGGACCCUGAUAAGAAACAUCGUUUCGAGGAGUGAGAUUGACUUAAAUCUCAUCAAGUGUCGGUUCAAGGAGAUGUACGGCAAGACCCUCAGCAGCAUGAUCAUGGAAGACACAAGCAGCGACUACAAGAAUGCCCUGCUGAACCUGGUGGGCAGUGACCCCUGAAGGCUCAGAAGGACAAGAGCAAAGGCCAAGAAGGUGGAGCCACUGGGUCCUGCUUGCUCAACCUUGGCCGUGGAUGGGGAUGGGGGUUGGGGGAACCACAGCACAGCUUUCAAUCCUCUAUCUCCCAGCUUCCAGUGCUUUCCAGCCAGUUUCCCUGACCCAGAAGUAAGGAUCAGCCUGGGGCUCCUACUUCCACUGUCUUCCCAAGUCAUUUUCAGGUGUGAGCACAUUGCCAACCUUAGCAUAUAUCUGAUCUGACAAAUACCUCAGCAUGAAGGGGUCGACAGGGGCUCGUGAUGAUUUCUUUCUCCCUACCCAGGAGCUUCCCAAGCCUGACUGAUCACAGAGUCCCCUAGGCUCUCAGCCCACUCCCAUCUACUAAUCUGAGAUCUGCAGAGAAUAGACCAGACAAUAUGGAAUUUUAA